GGUUCCUUUGUCGGGGAUGUUUGAACAAAGACAAAAGCAGCUGCCAGGAUCUCUCUGUCCCUAUUUGCAUCUCGUAUGUGGCACGGCAAGAGGAACCAGAUGGGAAUAACUGUAGAUCUGCAGCCAGCAUCAGCGAUGCUUUGAACGGCCGUGGCUGACUCUGGAUCUGCCCGCAAUCUACCCCUGGCCGUCCAGUGACUCCCGCCUCCGCUGCACAUCGAUUGACAAUCAUCCAUCAGUCCCCCAUAAGAAGAUGUUUGAAGACAGGGACGAGACCAAGGAGACGGACGGGAGCCUGCUGGGCGACCCAGGUCACACUCCCCCGGGGAAGAAGGGGCACGUGAAGUGGCAGAAGCCGCGGCUCACGCGCAAGGCGCUGCUGAACUGCUGUCUGGUGAAGCGGAUCCUCUCCCGCGCGGCGCCCCAGGGAUCAGACACCAGCGACAGCGACCUCGAACUUUCGUCCGUCCGGCACCAGCCAGAAGGGCUAGAGCAGCUGCAGGAGCUGACCAAAUUCACCAAGAAGGAGCUGCAGUCCCUGUACAGGGGCUUCAAGAACGAAUGCCCCAGCGGCCUGGUAGACGAAGACACCUUCAAGCUGAUCUAUGCUCAGUUCUUCCCUCAGGGAGACGCCAGCAUGUACGCCCACUUCCUGUUCAACGCCUUUGAUGUGGACCGGAACGGAGCCAUCUGCUUCGAGGAUUUCGUCGUUGGCCUCUCCAUCUUGCUCCGUGGGACUGUGCACGAAAAGUUGAACUGGGCUUUUAACCUCUAUGAUAUUAACAAGGACGGCUACAUCACCAAGGAGGAGAUGCUGGCGAUCAUGAAGUCCAUUUACGACAUGAUGGGCCGUUACACGUACCCGAUCGUCAGGGACGAUGCCCCCAUAGAGCAUGUGGAGAAGUUCUUCCAGAAAAUGGACAGAAAUCGGGACGGCGUGGUGACAAUCGAGGAGUUUUUAGAGACCUGUCAAAAGGACGAGAACAUCAUGAGCUCCAUGCAGCUGUUCGAGAAUGUGAUCUAGAAUGCGAUCUCGACUCUCCCAGCGCGGCUGCCUCCCAGCCUGCACGCAGACGGACGCCUCUGUCUGUCUCUCUUGUUAAGCACACACACAUCUUUAUGAGAAGAAAAACAAACUCUUUUUAUAUUUAAAAAAAAAAACAAAAAAGAGGACGUACUCAUGUUUGCUCCUAAUACUGACCGGAUUCUCACUUGAAGGGCAAGAGGAGACAGAGAGAGAUUGGGUUUCAUGGGUUUGUCUGACCUAGCAGAGGGAUUGGCUAGCUCUCCCCUAGGAUAUAGCAAGGGAACGCUAUACAGCGUUACAUACCACCUAUGGGAAAGAGACCACCCUCAUGGAUUAAGCUCAGCACUUCUCGCAUGGUAGCGGGAUGGAAAGGACGUUUGCAUGUGGGAGGUGGAGUUCUUCUCACUAGCAUCAAGUGAAAACCUGGCAAUCGGGCAGUUACUGGGUUCCAUCAGGAAAAGGAGGGAGAGGCAGUUACUGAAGAAAAAAUGGGUCUCAGCUGGCACAAUUUGGCAUAACUCCAUGGACUUCAUACCCCCAUUGCGAAAUCUGACUUCAACUGAACUCCAUCAAUUUUCACCAGCUGAGGACCUGCUCCCACUUUUCCAUGUGCAGGAAGCUCCUGGACCAAGAUCCUGGAGCCUGAAUGUGUCUCAGCUGAGAGAGGAUGGUUUGUGGACAUCUGAAUAGAAGACAUUACUGGCUGUUGAGAAUCAUCUCCAGAACUUCAGUUCUAAAAGCACAAGAGCAUCCAUUCAAAGGCAGGUUCCACAUCAUGUGCGAAUGUUAGAGAGCGUACAGGGCCUUCUAGCGUCCCCAGAGAAGGGAAGCAAAGGAAGAAGCUAGCACACCUUCUCCCCAAUCACAUUGAGAAUGAAUGUCCCUCCACCUGCAAUGGUAGGGGAGAAUGAGGUAUCUUCACUCAGGAGACUGGAACUGGGGCAAUCUGCAACAAAGAAACAGGAUUUGAAUUUCCUGAAGCAGAAGUACAAGCACAAAUACCCUGGCCCUUCCAAACUGGAGGAGGAGACGGGCCCUGGCUGCUGUGUUCUGGAGCUGAAAUUUUCCAUUGUUUUCCACCGGUCCAUCAUUUCCAUCAGAUCUGGCUCAAAUAUCUGUUGACUGCAGUUGAGGGUUACACUGGAAAACUGUUAUUCUGUGGGAUGGGCAGUGUUGUUUAACUGCAUUGGUUCCAGGGUGUGUGAGAGACAAAGUGGGUGAGGUACAACCUAUUAUAAGUCCAACUUCUGUUGGUGGAGAGGGAAAGCUUUUGAGGUACAUGGAGACGGAGGAAGAGCUCUGUGUAGCUCAAACUUGUCCUCUCCACCAACAGACGUUGGUCCAGUAAAAGAUAUUACCUCACCCAUCUUGUCUCUUCUGUGACACUGAAAGCUGACGGGCGGUGACUUACGAAUAUGCCCAAAGCUCCAGGCUGCAGUUGAAAGUCAUAAGUCAAAUAGGGCGUGAAAUAUCACCUAUCCCUGGGGGACAUUUACAAGGUUUGGGUUGAGGGACUGGGGUUUUUUUUUGUUUGGUUUUUUUUUUAACAAGUGACUAUUUUUAGGCAUUACACAUGCUGUUUCCAGGACUGAGAUGAGAUCUGACACUGGGCGAACAAAUCUUGAAAGAGGCCAGAGAGUUGGAAAAGCCAGCUGGAAAUCAGCACACGUAGGGCUAGACAAGUCACCGGUCUUUGGGUUUGGUAGGGAAAAGAGGAGGUGGGUUGGUAGCUCUGCAACCAAGAGGGUGUCAUCCUCAAGAUCCAAGUCAGGGAUAAGU